AUGCCGAGCAGCUCGGACACGGCGCUGGGGGGAGGCGGGGGCCUGAGCUGGGCGGAGAAGAAGUUGGAGGAACGUCGCAAGCGGAGGCGAUUCCUGUCCCCUCAGCAGCCGCCGCUGCUGUUGCCGCUCCUGCAGCCGCAGCUCCUGCAACCGCCGCCGCCCCCGCCGCCUCUGCUCUUCCUGGCUGCUCCCGGCACGGCCGCCGCCGCAGCCGCCGCCGCCGCGGCCUCCUCCUCUUGCUUCAGCCCGGGCCCCCCUCUGGAGGUCAAGCGGCUGGCGAGAGGCAAGAGGCGCGCAGGAGGGCGGCAGAAGCGGCGCCGCGGGCCCCGCGCCGGGCAGGAGGCGGAGAAGCGUCGGGUCUUCUCGCUGCCCCAGCCGCAGCAGGACGGCGGUGGCGGUGCUAGUAGCGGCGGGGGUGUGACCCCGCUGGUGGAAUACGAGGAUGUGAGCUCCCAGUCCGAGCAGGGGCUGCUGCUGGGGGGGGCCAGCGCGGCAACGGCGGCGACGGCUGCCGGGGGAACGGGGGGCAGCGGCGGGAGUCCGGCCUCCUCCUCCGGCACCCAGCGGCGCGGGGAGGGGUCGGAGCGCAGGCCCCGCCGGGACCGCCGCAGCAGCAGCGGCCGCAGCAAGGAGCGCCACCGCGAGCACCGGCGGCGGGACGGGCAGCGCGGCGGCAGCGAGGCCUCCAAGUCCCGCAGCCGCCACAGCCACAGCGGCGAGGAGCGGGCCGAGGCCGCUAAAAGCGGCAGCAGCAGCAGCAGCGGCGGCCGCCGGAAAAGCGCCUCGGCCACGUCUAGCAGCAGCAGUAGCCGCAAGGAUCGAGACCUGAAGGCUCACCGGAGCCGGACUAAGUCGUCCAAGGAGCCGCCUUCGGCCUACAAGGAGCCGCCCAAGGCCUACCGGGAGGACAAGAGCGAGCCCAAGGCCUACAGGCGGCGGCAGCGGUCCCUGAGCCCGCUGGGAGGCCGGGACGACAGCCCGGUGUCCCACAGGGCCUCGCAGAGCCUGAGAAGCCGCAAGUCCCCCAGCCCGGCAGGAGGUGGCAGCAGCCCGUACUCUCGGCGGCUGCCACGCUCCCCGAGCCCCUACAGCCGCCGCCGCUCCCCCAGCUACAGCCGCCACAGCUCCUACGAGCGGGGCGGCGACGUGUCCCCGAGCCCCUACAGCAGCAGCAGCUGGCGCCGCUCCCGGAGCCCCUACAGCCCGGUGAUCAGACGUUCUGCCAAAUCCCGAAGCAGAAGCCCAUAUUCCUCUAGGCAUUCAAGAUCUCGUAGCAGGCACAGGUUGUCUCGAUCCAGAAGCCGUCACUCUAGCAUUUCUCCUAGCACACUAACUCUGAAGAGUAGCCUGGCAGCCGAGUUGAACAAGAAUAAAAAAGCACGGGCUGCAGAGGCAGCAAGAGCUGCAGAAGCCGCGAAAGCUGCAGAAGCAGCUAAGGCUGCUGAGGCUGCUGCCAAAGCUGCCAAAGCCUCCAACACUUCUACACCUACGAAGGGGAGCACGGAGACGGGUGCCGGUGCAUCUCAAACAAACCAUGUGAAGGAUGUGAAGAAACUGAAAACAGAACACGCACCUUCUCCGUCAAGUGGUGGGACUUUAAAAAAUGACAAGGCAAAAACAAAGCCACCUCUUCAGGUAACCAAGGUGGACAAUAAUUUGAUUGUAGAUAAAGCCGCCAAGAAAGCAGUUGUAGUUGGGAAGGAGAGUAAAUCUGCUGCUACAAAGGACGAACCAGUAUCUCUUAAAGAGAAAACCAGACCACUUACACCAAGUUUAGGAGCCAAGGAGAAGGAGCAACAUGUGGCUUUAGUGACCUCUACGUUACCACCAUUACCUUUGCCUCCCAUGCUGCCUGAAGAUAAAGAUGCCGAUAGCUUACGAGGAAAUAUUUCAGUAAAAGCAGUUAAAAAAGAAGUAGAGAAGAAACUACGAUGUUUACUUGCUGAUUUACCACUGCCCCCUGAGCUACCAGGAGGAGAUGAUCUCUCAAAGAGUCCAGAAGAAAAGAAAACAACAACACAGUUACAUAGUAAAAGGAGGCCUAAAAUAUGUGGGCCUCGCUAUGGUGAAAUCAAAGAAAAAGAUAUUGACUGGGGAAAACGCUGCGUGGAUAAAUUUGAUAUCAUCGGAAUUAUUGGAGAAGGUACCUAUGGACAAGUUUACAAGGCCAGGGAUAAAGACACUGGAGAAAUGGUAGCCUUAAAGAAAGUACGUCUAGAUAAUGAAAAGGAAGGCUUUCCAAUUACAGCAAUUCGAGAAAUUAAAAUUCUCCGGCAGCUUACCCACCAGAGUAUUAUCAAUAUGAAGGAAAUAGUGACUGAUAAAGAAGAUGCUUUGGAUUUUAAGAAGGAUAAAGGUGCAUUUUAUCUGGUGUUUGAAUAUAUGGACCAUGAUCUGAUGGGACUACUGGAAUCAGGCUUGGUUCAUUUUAAUGAAAAUCACAUAAAGUCAUUUAUGAGACAGCUUAUGGAAGGCCUGGAUUAUUGUCAUAAGAAGAACUUUUUGCAUAGAGAUAUUAAAUGUUCAAAUAUUCUUCUAAAUAAUAGAGGGCAAAUAAAACUUGCAGAUUUUGGACUUGCUCGAUUGUAUAGCUCAGAAGAAAGUCGGCCGUAUACUAACAAGGUCAUCACUUUAUGGUACCGUCCACCUGAACUGCUGUUGGGAGAAGAAAGAUACACACCAGCCAUUGAUGUAUGGAGCUGUGGAUGUAUCCUCGGUGAACUCUUCACUAAAAAACCUAUAUUUCAAGCAAAUCAGGAACUUGCACAACUAGAAUUAAUAAGCCGUAUAUGUGGGAGUCCAUGUCCUGCAGUGUGGCCUGAUGUAAUCAAACUACCAUAUUUCAACACCAUGAAACCAAAGAAGCAAUAUCGUCGAAAGUUAAGAGAAGAAUUUGUUUUUAUUCCUGCAGCCGCAUUAGACUUAUUUGAUUACAUGCUCGCCUUGGAUCCUAGUAAGCGCUGCACUGCAGAACAGGCUCUUCAGUGCGAAUUCCUUCGGGACGUGGAGCCCUCAAAGAUGCCUCCACCAGAGAGGUUUUUACACGCUGAGGCAAUGCACCAUAGUAAGAUGGCUGAGAGUCUUCCUUUAUGGCAAGAUUGUCAUGAGCUGUGGAGUAAAAAGCGAAGAAGACAGAAGCAGAUGGGCAUGACCGAUGAUGUUUCAACAAUUAAAGCCCCCAGAAAGGACUUGUCUCUUGGCUUAGAUGACAGCAGGACCAGCACACCGCAGGGCGUGCUGCCAUCUUCACAGCUGAAACCUCAGGGCAACUCGAACGUAGCGCCUGUAAAAACAGGCCCUGGACAGCAGUUAAACCACAGUGAAUUGGCAAUUCUACUAAACCUACUACAGUCUAAAACAAGUGUUAAUAUGGCUGAUUUUGUCCAAGUGUUGAACAUUAAGGUAAACUCUGAGACUCAACAGCAGCUAAAUAAAAUAAACCUUCCUGCUGGAAUUUUGGCAACAGGUGAAAAACAGACAGACCCAUCCACACCACAACAGGAGUCUUCGAAACCAUUGGGAGGAAUUCAGCCUUCUUCUCAGAGCGCGCAGCCUAAAGUGGAGACUGAUGCUGCCCAGGCGGCCGUGCAGAGCGCGUUCGCAGUUCUGCUGACUCAGUUAAUAAAGGCCCAGCAGUCCAAGCAGAAAGAUGUGCUACUGGAAGACAGGGAAAAUGGGUCGGGACAUGAAGCGUCAUUACAACUCAGGCCACCUCCAGAACCUAGCACUCCGGCAUCGGGGCAAGAUGACCUCAUUCAGCACCAAGAUAUGAGGAUAUUGGAGCUCACCCCAGAACCGGACCGGCCUCGUAUCCUCCCUCCUGAUCAGCGACCUCCUGAACCGCCUGAACCACCACCAGUGACCGAAGAAGAUCUGGAUUAUCGGACAGAAAACCAGCACGUACCCACCACCAGUUCUUCGUUAACUGACCCUCAUGCCGGAGUGAAAGCCGCCCUGUUACAGCUGCUCGCUCAGCAUCAGCCCCAGGAUGAUCCCAAAAGAGAAAGUGGUAUGGAUUACCAGGCAGGAGACACUUAUGUGCCCACAUCAGACUACAAGGACAAUUUUGGAUCCUCUUCUUUCUCUUCCGCUCCUUAUGUUAGCAAUGAUGGUCUGGGAAGUAGCUCUGCUCCUCCACCAUUGGAACGACGUAGCUUCAUUGGAAACUCAGAUAUUCAGUCUUUGGAUAACUACAGUACUUCUUCAUCUCAUUCUGGUGGUCCACCUCAGCCUUCUGCCUUUUCCGAGUCAUUUCCCAGUUCAGUAGCUGGAUACGGAGACAUUUACCUCAAUACUGGUCCCAUGUUGUUCAGUGGAGACAAGGACCAUAGAUUUGAAUAUAGCCAUGGCCCCAUUGCAGUCCUGGCAAACAGCAGUGACCCUCCCACAGGGCCAGAGAGUACUCAUCCUUUGCCAGCAAAGAUGCACAACUAUAACUAUGGUGGUAACUUACAGGAAAACCCGGGUGGCCCCGGCCUCAUGCAUGGACAGACCUGGACUUCUCCUGCCCAAGGACCUGGAUAUUCACAAGGAUACAGGGGACACAUUAGCACAUCAGCUGGCAGAGGUCGAGGCAGAGGGUUACCAUACUGAGUAUCUGUUUUUCCUCAGGCACAUCAUUUUUAUCUGGAAAGACUUUUCUAGCUGCAAUUUAAGGCAGCAAUCCAAGAGACUUGAAUAAUAUUAAUUCAACAACAGCUUUAUUUUUAUGUGGAAAAGGGUCUUGCAUACAAUAGUUAAAAAAAAAAAGAAAAAAAAAACCUUUGCUUAAAUUCAUGCUGUUCUAAAAACUAGAUCUAUUGAUUGUACAUCUUCACAAAUUCUAGUUAACAAUUUUAUUUUGUAUUCUUGCAGUUUUACGUGGAUGCUAAUCUUAGGGACAUAAGAGUCUUUUUAUGGCCCUCUUGCAGAUCUUCUGAACUAUGCACAUUUGUGCUUUUUUUGUAAGUUUGGACCAACUUUUAUGUAACAACCAACCAACCCCUCCCCCCCUCCAGUUUUACAACAAUCAGAAAGGGCACUGAUUUAUUUGGUAUUUUUCUUUUUACAAAGCUACCUUUAGUCAAAGGUCACUGUCAGUCUUUGCACCUGCUUCCAGUGUUAUUGUGAAAGGUGUACUUUGUGCUCACUUCAGAAAAUAAAACACAACCUUUCUCUUGAUGCAACAGUUUUAUAAAAAAAAAUGGUCAACGUUAUUUUUGUUUUAUUUUGCAGAUUAUCAUAGCCGAGCAAAAUGCAUUCAAAUGAAAUAGUGGGUUUUAUAUGAAAAAUAUGGGGUGGGGAGGGUAAGUAAGUGCCUUAACAGGUAAGCUGAAGGUCUGAAAAAGCAGUUAACCUUUACACCCAUUUUGUCUUCUAAAGGGAAUCAAUACUGUAUUGAAGAGGCAGGGAGCUCUCCAGUGUUUAGGGACUGCUGCCUGUUCAGUUCCCGCUAGACUCAUUCCCUCUGCCUGUCACACUUUCUUCUUUCCUGCCUGUCUUUGGGCUAUGUUACCUUCCACUACCACCUUGUCUUGCUAGGAGCGUGAGAGCAAAGAAAGGGAUUAGAACUCCAGUCAGUAUCUUGUUACUUCCAAGAAGUUCUAAAAAGUUACAUCAUUUAAGUGGUUGAAAGUAAUAGCUAAAUGAGAAUUUUAGAGUACCCGUUUUCAGGCUGCCAUAUUGUCCCUGUUUUCCUUUUGCCAUGGAUAAUUGGAGGGCAGUAGUGCAGAAGCAAGGCUUAAUAAACAGAAUUGCCUGAUUCUAUUAAAGUUCAUGGGGGGAGGGGAGGCAGACAUCAUAUUUUAAGUUACGCAAUUGCCAUUUUAAGAAAAAGCCGUUCAGUUUGUUAACUAGAAACUUUGCCUACACUGAAUUUAUUGAAACAAAAAAAGUAGUGAGAGAAAACCUCUUCUCUUCCUUCCUCUCACCUUCUGUGAGGUUUAUUAGGACUUCUGCCAGACUUAGAGCAACCUUAGUUCAUUUUAGCAUUUUUCUCUUUUAUUAAAAGCAGCAAAGAAGGAUGGACUAACCCUAUCCUAUGUAAGCUGUAAUGGUGUCAAGUCUAACUAACUUCUCGUGCACGCUCAGGCACACGUACAAUUACAAUAAAUUCUCAAAAGGAACCAAAGGUGAAUAACCAGUGUUUCCAGUAUCCCUGAAUGGAAAAAUAAACUCUGGAAAUGAGAGCUGUGCCAAUUAACCAUUUUGUUUUAACUGUUCUUUCUCCUGGUAACUUACUUUUUCAUUGGAAUUGUAAAUCGGAAGAACUGUUUUAGAAUGGAAAUUUGCUCCAGUUCUAAAGUCAGUCUUUUAACCCCAUGCCCUCUGACUUGUGAACCUUCAUUUCAAAAUACUAUAUGGGAAGCAUUACAGUUUGGUGACAGCAAGGAUAUUUUAAAGUGGAUAUUUUACCAUUUUACUGCUAUAAAAUGAGUUGAUGUCAGUUGAUCAUUUUAUUUUUUUGAUGGAAUUUUUUUUUUGUUAUUGGGGAGAAAAAUGAAUGGAAGAACAAUUAUUUUGCUUUUAUUUGAAUUUUGAGUACUAACAACUUAAAACUACAUUGCAGGAGGUGAAGAAAUACUUCAAAUUUAGCAAAAUAGCUACAGUAUUCAACUAUCUCAAAUUUUAAUAUGGUGAGUCUUAGCGCUUUAGACUUUCCUAUAAGUGACAGUAUCUUAAGUUAUUCUUAAUAGUCACACUUGAUAAUUCUGCUGACCAUAGCAGCUAACCGAAAAUUGAAGAUAUUUAUGUGACAUGAAUAGCCUGUGUUUUAAAAAUUAAAUAUUUUAUAUAAAAUUGAACUGUGUUUGGAUAGUUUUUCCAACAUUUCAGUUAUAUAUUUAUGUUGGGAGAGUGGCUGGGAGGACAGGGAAGUUGUUGCUUGAAAUUGGAAAUUUGAACUACAGCUGAUAGUAUUACCCUUAGACAGUAUUAAUUGUGAAAUAUACCAGUAUCUUACGCACCACUUAGAAAAAAUCUUGCCGGUUAAACCACAACACAAUGCCCAGAUGCAGUAAUUGUAAGAUACUUCCCAAAUUCAUAGAUGUUAUUAUAUGAAACAGUCGGUGAAAUACGGUAAUAAAAAUCUCAAUGCAUCCUUCCAUACCAUUUAAUACUUUAGUAAAUCCGGAUUAAUAAAAAGAGCCGGGAUGGAAAUCACUAAUUACAUAGGUUAUAAUUGCAGUAAUCACGAGUAUUCUUGAGUAAAGUCUAAGGACCAUAAAACGUUACUUAAGUUUUGGGGAAAGAAACAGGUAAGUCAGAUUGCAAAUAUGAAGAUGAAAAUAAAAGAUUGACCUACCAAAAGAAGAAAACUUCUUAUCUCCCAUGUGAAAUUCCCAUUUAUAUUUCCUGACGCGGCAAGUUUUUCUGCAUGCAACUUAAAAGUCUUCAGUCUGUUCUUUGUGGAAGAAUUGUAGUCACCCAUGAAAUUUUUAAGACUCGUUUUAAGAGGUUUAUUGAUGAAAAUGGUUUGUGGAAUGUGAAUUAAGAUAAUGCUUUGGCUGUGAUUCAGGGCUUCAUUCUGUCAGUGAGUAUAUAUAUUCAGUGCCUUGGGCUACGUCAGUUAACUUGUGAAGGGCAUUCAGUCACGCUUCCAGUGGGCUGAUAAGAUUUUAAAAAGGGUCUGGAGAAGCUAGUAGUAUUUGCUACUCUCAGCUGUAUCUACAUUACUCUUAAGUGAAUGUAAGAAGUGACCAUGUGCGUGUGCAGUUUUAAAGUGGAAACAAUAAAGAAAUAACAUUCUGGAACAAAAUAGAACAACUGGAAACUCUAUGAUGAAAACAAAUUUUAAGUUGCAUCUGGCCAAUUUGUAAUAGGCCAAUUUGUAGGAAAUAUCAGGAUUUCUUAAGAAAAGUGGAAGGUAAAUGGGUUAAGUGCUUCCAAACUACUCUCUCUGGAACUUGCGAGUCAAAGUUUUGCCGUGUUUGCUAGGAGCUUAAUCAUAUUUUACACAACUUUUCACCAUAGUCCCUCCCCCCACCUUUUGUUAAAAUAAACUUGAAAUACGAGUUCUGAAUGAAAAUCUACUGAUCCUCUGGGAUACUGGUUUUGAGAUUUUUAAAGUCUGAACAGGACAUUCCUUCCAAUAUUCUAAUCAUCUGGUCUGUCCCCUCACUUUUACAGCCUAAGACAAAUGAGAUGUAGAGAUGGAUUUCCAGGGCAGUUCCUCUAAGCCACAUCUAAAUUCUGCAGAAAACACUUAACUUUUUUAAAAAAAUUGACUUAAAAUAGUUACCAAUGUUGGGGCCAGACUGACAGAAGCCUGCUUGGGAUUCUCUCUUGCCCCUCCCCUGCUCACGCAUGUGCACACUCACUCUCUCAAACUUAAAAAAAAAAAAAAAAAUUACCAGUGUUACAGUGAAGUAAAAUAAUUAAAUUUAGAAUACUGAACAACUACCUUAACAAAUGGUUUUAAAAAGUCAACUUAUAAAAUGACUCAAAAAAUAGACUAAAACAAAACUUUAGAAAAACUUCAUUAGAAGCCUAUACAGGAUGGAUAGUUCUUCAAAAGGAGGCUCCUCGUUUUUUUGGUUUGUUUUUUGUUUGUUUCUUUUUAACAACAGUAGUUUUUAAAUAACGAUUAGGUAGUGAACUGAAUCAUUUACAUUUGUUUUCUCUUUAGAGGAGGAAAGUCUAUGCUAGCAGGCCUGCAAACAUUACUUUUAAAAUCUUUCAAGGGUUUAUAAUUUCCAGUGGUGUCAUGAGGGAGCAACGGUUUGUCAUUUACCAAAGCCUCUCCAGGUAAUUUCUCAAGCUGCUUUUAAUUUAAUUAAAAAUAAAAGCUAUUAAAUUAAUAAGCUAUCAAGGGAUCCACUUGAAGGCGAGAAAACAAAAUUUUGACCAUAACAGAACUUGUCUUUAAAUUGUGUAGACUGACAAAUUUUGUGGGUCUUACCCUCUUCAUCACGUCAAAACAAUUCCUAGUUGUAGUUGCAUUCAAAAUGAGGCCCUGUAAGUGAAUCACCCCUUGGUUUUCUUUGACAGCUAGUUUGUUGUAAAGGUGUUGUACUUUUUUGCAAGAACUUUUAGUAAAGUCUUGUAACUGUUUAAUGUGUUUAAUAGAAGCCAUUUGUUUAAAAAUAAAUACAUAAAGGCUGUAUUCGAUAGUCUGUAAAUAAACUGCCAUAAGAAUUCGA